UCACCUGUUUGUGCAGGUUUUUAUGGUCAUCAAAUUCAGUUUAACUGAUGAGCUGUGUGCACUCGUGUUAGUCACACGGUCAGAAACAAAGGUCAUCAAAUAUUCUCUAAGUCUGUCACAAACACUCAGGAUGCUGAAAACAUCAGACCUGCUUCUUCUCCUCUGUCUUAUCGGGGCAGCAAGUGCCCUGUACAAACAGUGGAUUCCUGACACCAACUUUGAGAACAAGACCAACUGGGACAAAGAUGAUGUCCCAUGUGGCAGCGACACAGUUCAGUUUCCAGCUCAGAGAAAAGUGUCUGUGUUUGUGGAGACAUCACACGCUGUAAGGGAGAUGAGGCUACCGGUUGAUGGGGAGUUCAUUCUGAAUUCUGGAGCUGGAUUUUAUGUGGUGAGUGGACAAGAACCAGGCUGUGGGCAGGGUGUUACAACCAAGUUUAAAGAUUCAGAGGCUCUCCAGUGGUUCAACCCAGCUCUGUGGCAGGCAGCUGCAACCCUGGAUGACCUGUUGCAUGGGCAAGUCUUAUUCUCUGUUCACGAGGAGAGCGUCCCCUGCCAGCAUGAUGAUGUGGUUUUCAAAGAUCGCUCCUCUUUCAGAGUGGACACCAGCUCAAAUCUGCCUAACAUCCCUGUCAAAUCUGUGUCUGUGCUUGGGAAGAAGUUUGAAAGCAGUUCCGAGUUCUCCAAGUACCUCAGCUCGUGCUCAGGCCAGCUGCAGUUUCACGGUUCAUCUGCAGUAGGUGUCGGAAGCCAAGGUUGUGGGGAUCCUUCCGGCUGUGAAUGUGGGAAUUCUGUAAACCACAUGCGGAUCUGUGGCACUGUUAAAUGUGGCUCUCUGAACUGUAAGACAGCACUCCUCCCUGUUGGACACUGCUGUAAAGUUUGUGGUGCAAUUGUGACAAUCAAGUUCUCCACGACCUUCAACUUACAGAACUACAGACAACGGGUCCAUCACCUAUUUCUCAUCCAACCUAAAUACAAAUCCAUCCAGCUAGGCAUGUCUAAAGUCUUCAAGUCACAGGAGUUGCUGAGGAUCAUCCCUUUUGGCACCACACCUGAGAUUCAGGUGGUUAUCCUGGACGGAGACAAGGGAACAUUGGCAGAAAAUCUGGCCGGAGACAUAGUGAAGGAUGCUAGUUCUCAUGGCUCCAGCUUGGGAAUCACUGAAGCUGAAUUUCAAGCUUCCUCGGGGGGCAGCAGCAAUAAUUCUGGAAGCAAUGCUGGGGUUGUCGUUGGAGCUGUUUUUGGAGUUUUCAUUUUGAUUUUACUCAUCGUCAUUUUGGUUAUAUUGCUUCGUAAAGGGUUUGUACAAAUGCCAUCAAUGCCUUCUAUGCCAUCUAUGCCUUCUAUGCCAUCAAUGCCUUCUAUGCCUUCAAUGCCAUCCCUGAGUCGAUUUAAGAGACACAGUGACGUUGGAGAGCUUGGUGGGACUCUUGACCAUGGCUAUGACAAUCCCAUGUUCGACAGGCCCAACAUGAUGCCUGAUAUUCCUGGUCUGUAUGGGACUGAAACAAAUACUUCAAUCUCAAUGACCCAGUCAGGUGUGCACUUUGUGAAUCCAGUCUAUGAUGACAAUGAAACUGAUUUUAAUGCUUGAUAAAAUAAAUGUUCUCAAAUUGUUUCAAAGGUAUUAAAUUGAUGGAUUUAUUAACCCUGUGAAACAAUAAGUCCUCUGUUGGCCUCAUAAUAAUUCAGUGUUGCAAAUACAUUUUUACAACCAAAUGGACUUUAGACAAAUAAAAUAAUUAUUGCCUGAGAUUUGUGUGCUUUUUCCCCUCAUUCAUAUCACAUUCAAGAGCAAUA